GAGUAACGAAUUGACGCGCGCCCUCUAAGCACGUACGUUUAUAAAUUAUCUAAAUAACAUCUAAGAAAAAAGGACGAAUGGAAUGGCUUGUCGUUGCUAAGCCUAAGAAAGAAGCACGAAUUAGCCCUUGCAAAGUCUCUCGAUUGAUGUGAUUCCAUCUACGAUUAUAGAAAAUAUUAUGUUAUCGUUUUAAGAUACUUUUGGGAAAUCAGAGUGACACCAUGAGUUCAGACGAUUCUUUUUUCUCUGAUGGAAGUCGAUCUGACCGAAGCCCUCUAUCGGACGAUGAAGAUAAGCCGGACAUCGGAGGUCUAGGACUGAAGGUUGUGGAUAUACCAACAGGAAGUCAAAGCUCUCAGAGAUCUCACCAAAGUACAUCGGGAUCAGAUGACUUCUCUGAUGAUUCCCCACGCCGGUCAGCUCAGCGCAGCACCAGGGAGACGCCCUCGCCGAGGAGGAGGAGGAGAAGAAAGAAACAUGCUGUUGUGACCCUCAAAGACGGUUCUGUCCUUGACCUCACUCCCCCCGAAGAGUUGCUACCUCAGUGUGAACGCAAGGCACGUUACUACACAAGCAAGAAAGAGACUGAUAAAGCAAUCAAGGAGUGGUCUCGCUACACUGCACUUUGUCGACUGGUUCAUGGUUUAGAACACUGGAAGCUCGCCGAGGGAUACGUUUUCCUGGCUCAUGCCUAUCUCACUCUGAGAGGGUUACCGGCACAAGCACAGGCCCAUUCUGAGACAGCUAGGACUAUCAUGCUUAAUGGUCUUCAUACGUCGGAAUCAGACGAAUCCAAGAGUCAACUGAUGGGAAAGCUUCUGCUCAUGUACUAUGUACUCGGAAGAGCCCUCACAUUACUCAAGAAAUAUCAGGAGGCAGAGCAGAACCUGGUGAAAGCCGAGAGGGUUUCACAAGAACUCUCCAAACUGACCGGAGAGAGGGAGUCUUCAAGAAGAAUUCAGUUGGAUAUUGACAUUGCGAUAGCUUUAGCCAAAUUGUAUGCUAAACAGCAGAAGUUUGCACUUGGGUCCGGCUUCUACGAGAAAGCAAUCCGACUUACAGAGGAACAGUACGGGAAUGACAGUCCGGAUCUGAUACCCAUCUAUCAAGACAUGGGAAGAUUAGAACAGAGCAAGAAAGAGCAUGCAAACCAAGACAAGGCAACGGAACACUUCUUGCAGGCGCAUUCCAUUGCUGUGGCAAGGUACAGUGGGCAGAGUGAAGAGGUUGCCGAGACAGCUCACGCCCUUGCCCUAGCUUAUUCAGAAUCGGCCACGGCGGAGGCAGAAACUGCUGCUGAACAGUAUCUGAACGAGAGUCUCGGGAUCAGACAGGUUCUUUUUGGUCCUCAUCAUGCUAAGACGAUAUCAACCCAGGACGAUCUGUGUCGGCUUCUCAUCCGCACAGACAGGACAGAUGAAGCAGUUUCUCUGUUGCGGACCUUAAUAACCUCAAAGAGCGCCACCUUUGGUGACCUCAGUGCCGAGGUCGGAGAGGCUUACAAGCUCUACGGAUCAAUACUCAUGUCGCAGGGGCAGCUUGAGAAGGCUCUCAAGUUCUUCAAGAAGAGCUACAACAUCGAGAGUACAGUGUAUGGACCCGGUCAUAAGAAAGCCAAAGCCACUCAACAAACUAUUGAUAUGCUCCUGCAGUCUCCGAUGCUGGCUGCCAAGGAAGGCCAGACCAGGGCGGGGCAACUCAAGAGCCGACCGAGAUUCAACGCUACGGUAGGGAAGACUGCUCCUUCAGGGAAUGUCAAGUCUGCCUGGGAUUGAUAAACACACCAAUUAUUCAUAAUUUGAUUUUUAUUCAUAAACCAUAUUUACCUAUUGCCAACUUUUUUUUUUUUUUGGGGGGGGGGGGAGAGCGGAUUUGAUCAGAUCAAUUGCUACUUUGGUAGAUUUUUCUGGACAAUUCAUCCCUGGUUUUUGGUUUGAAUUACAUCAGUUUGAAAUCAGCUUUCGUUUGCAUUUGACUGGGGGUGGGAUUGUCAUCACAAGGUAUAGAUAUUAUGUUCUUGCAAAAUCUUGUAAAAAGUGUUUUUUCAUGGUUGGGUGAUUGAUGUACAUGCAUAAGGUGUCACUUACUUUUUACAAAAGCUUUAAAAAAAGUUCUUCAGGAGCUGUUGUGUCUGCCCUUAUGGAAAUCAGGGAUUAAGUGGCUUCGUAAACUGUAGCCCUUGUAGUGUCUACUGGUGCCUCAUAACGAUCAAAUUAAAUAUCAGCCCAUUUCAUGUACACAAUUGUUUAGAAAUCUUUGAUAUGAGUUCUUUUGAUUUCUUCAACUGUACAACAAAAAGACGAACUGUAAAAGGAAUACUGAAAAUAAAUAUAGAUGAUAAAAUGUACAACUGGAUUGAUUAUGUUCCAAUGAAUAUCAUAUUGUAUCAGAUAUUAUUGGGUUUUUCCUACUACUGUAUUCAUAGAAAUGUGCAAUCCCUUUAUUAUGAAUUGUAAAUUUAUUAGUGUAAUGUUGCUGAAUGUAAAUUAGUGAUAAUUACUUGUAGAUACUUGCUUUGCUCUAUUAGUGUCUGUAUCUGCAUUGUGGAAUAUUUUGAAUUAAAUUUGUCAAAUUACUGUCAGUUGUAUAGAUUUGAUAAUUUCUUGUUUAUGACUUCCUGUUUGUAUAUGUAUUUAUUGUAAUUCUAUUUAUAACUUCCUUCGCCUCUUUUUAUCAUGUUGUGGAAUGUUCUGAUUGUAGAUAUGAAUGAAAAAAAUGUAAUAGUGUUGAACUAUGAUUGAAACCAUGAAAGAGUCUCACAAAGAGUCACAAAAAGAUGUCUAUACACACCUUGUUUGAUGAAAUUCAACUUAUACACUGGGCCAAACACGGUUGAGAGGAUAAAACUUUCCAAACACUGCAAAUGGCGUGAUAUAUCUGGGAAGCAUUUCAACAAGUUUUCAGCAAGUUCCUUUGAGCCCAGUCAAUUCACUACUCUCUGGAGCAAAUACGGCAAUUGUAACCCCAAAAUUCUUCUUAGAUUUGUUGCAUUGUCUCCAUUAUCAUUCAUUAUAUAUCACCACUCUGUGACACCAGGGCCCGUCUUACGAAGCGUUUCAAUUGAUCCGAUCAACCACAACUAUGGACGGCCAGCGCCGUCAACAUCUAAAAUGCAAAUUUGUUCAAAAUAUUUUCUAGAUAUGAUUGUAUAUUCAUACAUUCACCGUUCUCUUGAAGAUUCAGUGUGAUUCUUUUUGUUUACUAAGGAGAUUGUAUGGAUGGGUUUCUUCCAUACAGUUGAGAUUGAUUGGAUCAAUUGUAACUCUUUGUAAGACAGGGACCUGAGCUCCAAAGCUUAUUGUCCCAUUUGUUGUCGCUGUUAAGCAACAUCAUUAAGAGAAAUUGCGUAUGUACAGUCAUAUCAAAAUUAUCUUAUGUAAAAGUGAAAUAACCUCCGAGAUUGAUGCAGUUUUCCAUAGCAGAACCAGAAAACUUGUAUUAUGUAUUGUUUACCUUUUCUAUAAGGUCAAAUCUAUUCAAAGUCCAACAUCAGGCAGGAUCCAGUUACACCAAGGUUAGCGAUUGAUCGUAUGCUUGAUUUUUACAAUUGAUUGUACAUUGUAUUCAAUGUAAUCAAUCGUAGAAAAAUGUUCUACGGUCAUUGCUACGCUUUGUGUUACGGGCCCCUGGUCCUAUUAGAUACUAACAUUGAGUAAAAUCCUCCAGAGUACUCUUAAAUAUACAUGUACAUAUUUGUAUUAAAAAUUAAUCUUGUCUAUAUAUAAAUAUUGUAUAUAAAGCCAUGAGAAUACCGUUUGUCUUUCAAUAUCUGUAGAAUCUUGUGCAACUCUUUUGUGACCAUGUUUUCGUAGCAAUAAAAUCUUACAAAUUCAA